AUGAGUGCCACAAAGGCGCAGUCUCAAAAAAUCUUUGAGAAGGUCAAGCUGAAGCCCGCGAACAAGGUGUGCUUUGACUGCGGCACUAAAAACCCGACAUGGUCUUCAGUUCCAUUCGGUAUCUACCUGUGCCUUGAUUGUUCGGCUCACCACCGUAAUCUCGGCGUGCACAUCUCCUUUGUCCGAUCAACAAACCUCGACCAGUGGCAAUGGGAGCAACUGCGCUUGAUGAAGGUUGGCGGAAAUGAGUCUGCGACCAAGUAUUUCCAAUCGCACGGAGGUUCUGCUGCGCUGGCGAGCAAGGACACCAAGGUGAAAUACACGUGCAAUGCGGCUGUCAAGUAUAAGGAGGAACUCAAGAGGCGCGCUGCGCUGGAUGCGCAACAGCACCCCGGGGAAGUCAUCAUUACAGAUCUUCCCGCUGGCACUCCCUCAGAUGGCUCGGAAACCCCUGCUGGCGACGGUGACGACGAUUUCUUUUCCUCUUGGGAUAAGCCAUCGAUCAAGCGUCCGAGCAAUCCCCCAUCGCGCACCAGUACGCCCCCCAUCGUCAGCCGGACCAGCUCUCCUUUCUUGAAUGCCGGCGCCAACGCAAACGGAUCCCGCUCAAAAUCUCCCCUGUCUGCUUCGGAAGAAAAGACCGCCUCUCCCGCGCCGACUGCUAUCCGGCCCACCAAUGUUACCCGGAAGACCUCUACAGCUACCUCUGCGAAGAAGGGCAGUGUCCUCGGUGCCAAGAAGGCGCCCAAGCUCGGGGCUAAGAAGGUUGCCGCUGCGGAUAUUAUUGAUUUCGAUGAGGCAGAGCGCAAGGCCAAGGAAGAGGCUGAGCGCAUUGAAAAGCUUGGCUACGACCCCGAGGCUGAGCAGGCGGAAGCUGAGGCCAAGAAGGCCGCAACUGCUGCCACCGCUGUCCCGAUCGCUUCUCCUAUCCCAGUCAGCCCUGCUGGCAAGUCUAAUGAGCGAAGCUCAGGUGAUGUGGAGCGACUAGGCAUGGGUGUGAGCAGACUUGGAUUUGGCCAGGUGUCAAAGCCCGCUGCCCCCAAGAAGCCAACUUUUGGUUCUGUUGGCCCUGCCAAGCCCAGCCCUGCUGAGGGUAAAUCUCCCACGCUGAUCGUGCAACAUAUGCAUAUGAAAGAUAAGCUGACACCCGACACAGAAGCGGAACUCACCCAGACCAGAACCCGAUUUGGGGCUCAGAAGGGUAUCUCGUCCGAUGAAUUUUUCGGACGGGACCGGUUUGAUCCCGCCGCCCAGUCGGAGGCCAAGGAACGUCUCCGCCAAUUUGAUAGUGCUACAUCCAUUUCCAGCAACAACUACUUCGGCCGGCCCGAGGAUGAGGUCAGUUCACUUGACGAUGGCUAUGGUGAUAUGGAGGUUGCCGCCAAAGAUUUCAUCCGCCGCUUUGGUAUCACGGCUGGAGAUGAUCUUGAGAAUCUGUCGCAUCUUGUCGGCGAAGGUGCAACUAAGCUACAAGGUGCUAUCCGCAGCUAUUUGAACAACUAG